AUGGUGCUGUCUCUGACCUUGCUUGCACGGUGUUGCUACCGUUGCCUUCUCCAGUCUUCCUGGCCCCUGGCGCGCCAAGGCUCCUGGAGGUGCUGCUCCCAGAGCCCUGCUGCAAGCAAAAAAGAACUAACCAAUUCCACAGGAGAUGAGAAGAUAAGGACACCACCCCUCAGGGGUCCACGACCCCGCCCCUCUGCUGAGCUGGCACAGGCAGAGGAGCUGCUUGAGCAGCAGUUAGAGCUAUACCAGGCUCUGCUCGAAGGGCAAGAAGGUGCUUGGGAGGCCCAGGACCUAGUGCUCAAGAUCCAAAAGCUGAAGGAACAGAUGAGACGACACCAGGAGAGUCUGAGGGGCGACGCCUAA